GAGGCUCCAGGCGGGCCACGCCCCCCGGCCCCUCCGGGGGCUCACGCGCAACGGAGGGGUGGAGUCUCCCUCGUGACCUUUCACCCCAGCAUGGCUGCGCCCGUGGGACCGGUGAAGUUCUGGCGACCCGGUACAGAGGGACCCGGCGUCAGCAUCUCUGAAGAGAGACAGAGUCUAGCCGAAAAUUCUGCAACAACCGUUGUUUACAAUCCUUACGCUGCCCUUUCCAUAGAGCAGCAGAGGCAGAAGCUGCCGGUGUUCAAGCUUCGGAAUCAUAUAUUAUACUUGGUCGAAAACUAUCAGACAGUGGUGAUUGUCGGAGAGACGGGAUGUGGAAAGAGCACACAGAUCCCACAAUACCUUGCAGAAGCUGGCUGGACGGCCGAAGGAAGAGUCGUGGGAGUGACCCAGCCCCGAAGAGUGGCAGCUGUCACAGUUGCAGGGAGAGUAGCUGAGGAAAGGGGCGCGCUGCUGGGCCACGAGGUGGGCUACUGCAUCCGCUUUGAUGACUGCACCGACCCACUGGCCACGAGAAUUAAGUUUCUGACUGAUGGAAUGUUGGUCAGGGAAAUGAUGGUUGAUCCGUUGUUAACAAAAUAUAGUGCCAUCAUGCUGGAUGAAGCCCACGAGAGGACCUUGUACACAGACAUUGCCAUUGGCUUGCUGAAAAAGAUUCAGAGAAAGCGAGGGGAUCUUCGAUUGAUUGUGGCUUCAGCCACUCUGGAUGCAGAGAAAUUCCGGGAUUUCUUUAAUCAAAAUGAGACCAGUGACCCAACGAGGGAUACGUGCGUGAUCCUUACAGUAGAAGGGCGAACAUUUCCAGUGGACAUCUUUUAUCUACAAAGUCCUGUUCCAGAUUAUAUCAAAUCAACUGUAGAGACCGUGAUGAAAAUUCACCAGACAGAGGGAGAUGGAGACAUACUAGCAUUUCUUACUGGCCAGGAAGAGGUGGAAACGGUCGUGUCUAUGCUAAUCGAGCAGGCUCGGGCGCUAGGGCGAACUGGGAUGAAGAGACACCUGCGGGUCCUGCCCAUGUACGCAGGACUGCCUUCCUUUGAGCAAAUGAAAGUGUUUGAAAGGGUGUCACGCAGCGUCAGAAAGGUGAUCGUAGCCACCAAUGUGGCUGAAACCUCCAUUACAAUCAGCGGGAUUGUGUAUGUGAUCGACUGUGGCUUCGUGAAACUCCGAGCCUACAAUCCCAGGACAGCCAUUGAGUGCUUGGUGGUGGUCCCAGUGUCCCAGGCAUCAGCCAACCAGCGCGCAGGACGUGGCGGCCGCAGCCGUUCGGGAAAAUGUUACCGCCUUUAUACAGAGGAAGCCUUUGACAAGCUGCCUCAAUGCACUGUCCCUGAGAUGCAGCGUAGCAAUUUGGCACCUGUCAUCCUCCAGCUGAAAGCACUAGGGAUCGACAACGUCCUCAGGUUCCACUUCAUGUCGCCCCCUCCAGCACAGUCGAUGGUUCAAGCAUUGGAGUUACUCUAUGCUCUGGGAGGUCUGGACAAAGACUGUCGCCUCACUGAACCGCUUGGCAUGAGAAUAGCAGAGUUUCCUUUGAAUCCCAUGUUUGCAAAAAUGCUGCUUGAAUCAGGAAAUUUUGGCUGUUCUCAGGAAAUUCUAAGCAUUGCAGCCAUGAUGCAAAUCCAGAAUAUCUUUGUGGUCCCCUCAAACCAGAAGUCUCAGGCAAUGCGAGUGCACCGAAAAUUUGCUGUGGAGGAGGGUGAUCAUCUCACUAUGCUCAACGUGUAUGAAGCGUUUAUCAAACACAAUAAAAACUCUCAGUGGUGCCAGGAGCAUUUCCUGAAUUACAAGGGUCUUGUCAGAGCUGCGACAGUACGAGAGCAGUUGAAGAAGCUUCUUGUCAAGUUUCAAGUGCCCAAGAAAUCUAGCGAAGGUGAUCCGGAUCCCGUCCUGAGGUGCCUUGUUUCGGGAUUCUUUGCCAAUGCAGCAAGGUUUCAUUCCACCGGAGCUUAUAGGACUAUCCGUGAUGACCAUGAAUUACAUAUCCACCCUGCCUCGGUCCUCUAUGCAGAGAAGCCGCCUCGCUGGGUCAUCUACAAUGAAGUCAUACAGACCUCCAAGUACUACAUGAGGGACGUGACCGCCAUUGAGUCUGCUUGGCUGUUGGAGCUGGCUCCGCACUUCUAUCAACAAGGAACGAAAUUACAUCACACUUUGGACCAUGUUCACAAGGAGUGGCACAAAUAUUCUCUGGUGAAGAUUGCCUCACAAAGAACACAGACAGCACCUGUCCCUCAAAGCGAAAAGGGCCAAGGUCCAGGACCAGUGAGCAGAGCUCAGCCGCAGGGGCCUCGGUGCCCUCUCCUCCACACUGUGGCCCCCCAGCCCUGGGUAGUGAGCAGGCCCCGGCUCACAUGGAAUCUUCCACUGUCCUGCAGUGGGCCGCAGCCCGUCCGUUAGCCCCUUCCUUCCCGCUGCCUUCCGCGUUCGCGUUCCUUGCUGGGAUCCCGGGGGAGUCUGUGCAUGAGCAGGCAUCCCGCUGUGCCGCACCCAGGCCGAGUGGGGGUGGGAGGGCCGGGCUCUCUGCUCACUCAGCACCCUCGCUGACCCAGCAUGCCACUUCCAGCAGGCACAGAGUUCUGGCCCAGCUUCCUGGAGAACCAGGAGGAAAGCUAGCCACCGCAGGCAGAAGUGCUGUGCAGGGUGGAUGAGGGUUGCUGGGCUGGCUUCGCUUUCCCUGGCGGGGCCACGGCUGUGCUGACCAACGAAGUCCGCUGCCAGGUGUGACAAGCAUGCGUCUACGAAGGGAGGAGACCGCACUGCAGUUUCUGCUGGAGUCACUGAGGCGCGUGUCUGGCAGGCACAGGGGCUCCCCAGGUGAGCAGCUUCUGUUCUCCCUCUGUGCCGUGUCCCUGUCUGUACGCGGCAGGAGAUGCGCAAGGCUUGGUGAUCGGCAGGCAGGACUCGUGCGCACUGUCCUUUGUUAGCAGAGAAGAUUUCUCUCUCUCACAAGUGGGCUUAGCUUUCUGUCUGCGUACGACGACACCACGUCCUGAUGCCAUCAGCUGAGCACCGGUGAGCUCGUCAGCUCAAACCCCGUCGGGAACCCUCUGUCGCAGAAAUUCACAACCGUUUAGAGGCUCUAAGCUUCUGUAGCUCAGGAAUACAACUUGUAUAUUUGGUUUUUGUUUGCUUGGGUUCUGUGAGAACACCGGGGCAGUCCCUCCAGCAGGCCCUGGUCUCAGUGCUGCCCCGGGGCUUCUUUGCCGUGAUGACGUUUGCGUUUCAGCACAUGCCGAUGCAGGUGUUUUUCCCCUUACUGUUUCAGUGACCUUUAUUUUAAAAACAUGUAGCUUGAAAAUUUAUUUUUGUACCGAUCUUAGUUUGGAUGUGCCACUUUUGGCACCAAAUAUGUAUGUCAUUUUUAUUUCCAUUUUGUAAACAUGUAAAUAAUAGUGAUAACUUGUUAAUAACAGUAAACCUUUCUACCUAAAGUAAACAUGUUCCCUCCCACC